AUGGACAUAAUGGUCGCGGUGCAGGAUGCGUGUGUCUCCGGUCAGCGGCUGACGGCGGUCAUCCUCAGUCUGUGCUGCUUUCUGCCGUCCUGCCUGCCGGGACAGACGGUGGACUAUUCCUCCGUGGAGAGUGUGGUCAGCAGGCAGGGAGACACCGCUUUACUGAGGUGCUACCUGUUGGACGGGAUCUCGAAAGGAGCAUGGUUGAAUCGGUCCAGCAUCAUAUUUGCGGGUAAUGACAAGUGGUCCAUGGACCCGCGCUUGUCCAUCGUGUCUGGCAUGGGGGACAAACACGAGUACAGCCUGCAGAUACAGAAAGUGGACAUAACUGAUGAUGGCCAGUACACAUGCUCCAUUCAGAGUGAGCGGAACCAGCGACCGAAGCUCCUCAACCUCAUUGUAAAAGUUCCUCCCAAGAUAUAUGACAUUUCCUCUGACGUCGUGGUAAAUGAGGGCAGCAACGUGUCGCUCAUCUGCACAGCCAGCGGGAAACCGGAGCCCACCAUUUCCUGGAGACACAUAACCCCAUUAGCCAGGAAGCAGGACAGUGGUGAAUAUCUCAACAUCACCAUCAUCACAAGGGACCAAGCUGGGGACUACGAGUGCAGUGCUUUAAACGACAUCGCCUCUCCUGACACCAAGACAGUGAAAGUCACAGUCAACUUUGCUCCAUCCAUCCAUGAGAUGAAGAGCAAUGGCAUGGGUCUGGGCCGCACAGCCCAGCUGAGGUGCGAGGCCACCGCCGUGCCCGUCCCCACAUUCGAGUGGUACAAAGGGGAGAAGAGGAUUAUGAGGGGUCAGGGUAUUGACAUCAAGAACAUCAACUCCAGAUCAGUGCUGACAUUCAACAACAUGACAGAGGAUCGCUACGGCAACUACACGUGUGUCGCCUCCAACAUGCUCGGGACGGCCAACGCCAGCGUGCCUCUCAUUCCAAUUAUUGAACCCACCACCUCUAGUGCUGUCUCAAGCCCAGCCCCCAACACUGCGCCCUAUGGGAGCACAGGAAGUGCACAAGUCCCGCUGGCCUGCCGGUUCCUGGUGCUGCUUCUCUCCCCCUUCAUCAGUGUGUACUAA